AUGGGCAGAAGAAGAUGGAGACCCUAUGGCAAUCGUGGCAUUUGGUAUAUCAUACACACUGACGGUGCAUGUAUCAACAAUGGUCGUCCUUGGGCACAAGCUGGCUUCGGCAUAUUUUGGGGCGAUGAUGAUCAUCACAAUGUAUCCGAAAGACUCUGUGGUCCUCAACAAACUAACCAACGAGCCGAAGCACAAGCGGUGCUUACCGCUUUGGAGCAGACAGAUGGCUUUUACGAUACCGUGGAAAUCAGAACAGACUCUAUUUACGUGGUGCGUGCUGUAAAUGAAUGGUGUUAUAAAUGGGAGAGCAAUGGCUGGGUAAACGCAAAAGGUCUUCCUGUCGCGAAUCAGAGCAUAUUCAAAGAAAUACUGUACUUUAUGAAUAACAGACCUGGCCAUGUGUAUGUCAAACAUGUGCCUGGCCAUGCUGGCAUCUAUGAAAACGAAAUGGCGGAUGAGCUGGCGAGAGAAGGUGCUAACAUGGAUUCUGAGGAUGAGAACCAAGACGAUAGUAACGACAGCAACAAUGGUUGUUAUUACGAUUAA